AUGAAUACGGAACCUGUCAAUAGAUAUUUAGAGUUUAGAAAGACGUCAACAAAGAUAGGCUUAGAAGAAGCACUUGUACAAUUCAAGACUGUUGGACAACCCAAUUGGAAAUUCGAGCUAUUAUGUGAACUAUUUUUUAUUGUAUAUCAAGUGCAAAACGAAACAACAGAAAGGACAAAUGUAGCAAUUCGCAGUUUUAUCAAAUUAUUAAACAGUGAGCCGUUUAUAACUGAACAUAGUAAAUCAAUAGUGGAAACGGUUGAACUGUUUCAAGACGUUGAAUAUCAAGAAACCAGCAUAGGCGUUACAAGAUAUCUGGUCGAAGGUUUAGUCUAUCUGCCUACACGGGCCAUUCUUAUCAAGACACUGAGUAAAAGCAGUGAUGUUUCUAAAGAAAAUACAGUACAUUAUGCUUUAUCUUGUGCCUAUCGUUUAAAUAGUAAAUUUAUGCUGCAAUUAAGUGAAAUGAUGAGCGCACUUGUCGAAGCUAACCCUGAGUAUGCAUGGUCAAUAAGACUAGAGUUGAUGGAGAUGAGAAUAUUGCCAGAUGUUAUCACUAGGAUUACAGCUGUUUACUGUCAAGACGAGAUAAACUUUUUCAACAGCAUCUUUCAGCAAGUGGCAUCUUGGUUCUUGGCUCAAUCGGCUGCUAGUCGUCAGUAUUUUCUAACAAUGAAAAAUCGCAUCAUCUCAGAAAUUGAAAUAUCUUAUGCAAAUGACGAUUAUGCAAGAGUGGCAUCUGCUAUUCGCGCGCUUGCAGGUAUUACCGGAUACUUUGGUGUAAAGCUGAAUGACCAAGAGGUGGAUAUGUUUAUAAACUUGCUAAAUCAAACUGAGUCAGAAAGACUAGUACAGCUUAUAUUGUGCCUUAUACUUAUAACUGCUGAUCAGUUUCUUAAGAAACAGAAAAACUUAUCGGAAGCACUGUGUCGAUUGCUUCAAUGCAAUAUAUCCGAAAUGCCACUACUAAUCCUGGUUUAUUUCGAAACUGACGCUAUAUUUCAAGUUGAAGACACUGUUCGCUCUACAAUAGCUAUGCAAGUGCCAAUACCUAGAUUUGGUCUCUUUGAAAUCCAAAAGCUAUUUAGAUCUUUAAAAAACUCUGAUUUGACAGGAGGUACCGUAGAUGAUCUGAGUGCUCAUAUCCUAGCAGCACAGUGUAUUCGGGAGGCCUGA